AUGAAACAGACAGGUACUAUCGCCCGCCAUGUCACCGUUGUCGACACAGCAAAACGACCUGCAUCUUCCGACCCAGAUCAAAUUACCCUUGCCUCGAGCCUCACCAACGACGUGCCGUCGGUUCUGAAGCGCCUGGAUCGCAUCGAAAGGAAGCUGGCUGUGGAUCAUGGCGAGGAGAGCGAGUCCCUUCAUCCCCUAUGGCACGCCGCACGGUACCUGAAGCGCAUCACGCGGCCACCGCAGGACGAUGCUAUAAGGUCACGACCUAUUGUCAAGCACCUAUGGAACUCCCUCCUCAACAACCUCCCACUCCUCCACUUUCUCAAAGACCAAAGCGCAUUCGCCGCACCGUCCCCGCUCCUCCUAUCAUCGAUCCUCUACAUCUCGGCCCUGCACGACCCAUCCCAAGACCUCAGCGAGCUAGCAAAAGGGUACUUCGUCGCGCAAUGCUGCGCCAUCGCUGACCCCGUCCUCCCAGACCUGACGAUACACACUCGAUGCUUCGUCGACGACGACGACAGCCCGACAACCCACGCCAGCGCAUCGCAACCCUCUCCACCGGACAGCCCCCAACAAGACCUCCACAACAUCCUCGGCCUCAUCAUGGCCAGCCUCAGCUCCGAAGCCUACGUCUCGACCACGGGACAAUGGAUCGCGCUCGCCUACCGUCUCCUCCUCGACCACACGCCUGUCCCCUCCAGCAGCAGCAGCAGCAGCAGCAGUAGCACCGACCCCAGCGCAAGCCCAAGUCCAACCCCAGCCCCAAGUCCCGACUGGGAUAGCCUCCUCUCAAGCCUCCAAGUAACCGACAUCGAGCACGCAUCCAUGCACAUGUGCCGCCCACUCCUCCCUGAACUCCAGCACAGCGAAACCACCACCAACCAAACCGCCAGGAGCGAAGAAGAAGAAGAGAAUCACGCCGCAAUCCACACCCUAACACAAAUCACGCACCAAGGCCUCAACCACUUCGUAGACCGAGGCCUACCCACAAUCUGGUCCUUCGGCGUCCUCAUUCUCCUCCAGUAUCACCUCCACAAGCUGUACGUGCUGUCGAUCUACCACCUGGCACGGGGGUUCGAUCUCGGCUGCUACUGCUCCUCCUCCUCCUCCUCCUCCUCCUCCUCCUCCUCCUCCGAGGCGGAGAUCGCGCCCCCGGCUGAGAGAGAGAUGAUCACCUUCGCGGCAAUGCUACUCCUACGUGGAAUCGAGGACGGUAUGUCUUACCAAGACGAUCUACACCUCGUCGAAAAACACAUCGCCAGGCUGGAAAUAAGCCAUCCGGCUGUUCCCAGCGUCCACCGUGUCCUGGCCGAUCGACUCGAAUCCAGUCUGCAGACGAUGCACACGCUACCCGAGACUGCUUUAAGCGCGGCCCCGUUCCUCCCGCCGGAGUCCGAUGCGGACUACUCCUGGGCGAUAUUCGAUCAGGAGAUUCUGUCGCUGGCGAAUCCGCCGUGGUUGUUUGAGGAUAUCCCCGGCGGUGUGGACCAGGUGUCGAAGCGAGCGGAGCAGGUAUUGCAGGCUGCGCCGAAUGAGCAUCCUUCGCGGUUUGGCUUUGUGGUGCCCGAGGGGCCGCCAGAGGCCUUGGGAUUAGACGGUAUUGCGAAUAUCGUUUGUGAACUUGCUUCGUUGGAUUGCAAUCGGAUGAAACAUGAUGGUUAG